AGCGCGGAGGAGCCGCCGCCGCCGUCGGCCUGGCCGGCCGUUCUGGUGCGGGAUCCCAUUAGCUCGGCUCUGCUGGCCGCCGUGGGGCUGCUGCUGGCGCUGCUCUGGUUGCUGGGCCGCCGGGCGCGGCAGGGGCUCCCGCCCGGUCCCAAGCCGUGGCCCAUCGUGGGCAAUUUCGCCUUCGCCAUCCUGCCCCAGUUUCUGGGGGUCCAGCGGCUGAACGCCGUCGAGGAAGCGGCGCCCGGCGGCGGCGGCAGCAGCAGCGGCUCCUCGCGGUCGACCUCGCCGCACCUGCUUCUCACCAGCCUGGGCAAGAUGUACGGCAACAUCUUCUGCUUUUUCGUGGGCAGCCGCCCCAUCAUCAUCCUCAGCGACUUCGAGGUCGUGCGCGACGCCCUCGUCAACCAGGCCGAAGUCUUCAGCGACCGGCCCAGCUUGCCCCUGGUGGCCCUCAUCACGAAGAAAAAGGGUGUGGUGUUUGCGCCUUAUGGCCCAGUAUGGAGAAAACAACGGAAGUUCUCCCAUUCCACUCUCCGUCAUUUUGGAUUAGGAAAGCACAGCCUGGAGCCAAAAAUCACUGAGGAAUUCAGGUUUGUGAAGGAAGAAAUUUUGAAAUAUGGGGAGAAACAGUUUAACCCCUUCCCCAUUAUCAGCAAUGCAGUGUCCAACAUCAUCUGUUCCAUAGCCUUCGGCAGGCGCUUUGAUUAUGACAAUGUUGAGUUUAAGACCUUGCUGAGCCUCAUGUCACGGGGCCUGGAGAUAAGCCUCAACAUCCAUGUCAUUCUGGUGAACAUCUGCCCUUGGCUGUACUACCUCCCUUUUGGUCCCUACCGGGAACUCAGGCAGAUUGUGUUUGACAUCACAACUUUCCUGAAGAAAAUAAUUGCACAGCACAGGGAAAACCUGGAUGCCCAGAAUCCCCAGGACUUCAUAGAUAUGUACCUUCUUCAAGUGGAUGAGGAGAAAAAGACCAACAGCAAAAGCAGCUUUAAUGAAGACUACCUGUUUUACAUCAUCGGAGACCUUUUUGUUGCAGGCACAGACACUACAACUAACACAAUCCUCUGGUGUCUGCUGUACUUGUCACUUCACCCACAAGUACAAGAAAAAGUCCAAGAAGAAAUUGAAUCGGUCAUUGGCCGGGAUAGAUGUCCUACCCUUGCUGACAAGGUACAUAUGCCCUUCACAGAAGCCACCAUCAUGGAAGUUCAGAGAAUGACAGUGGUUGUCCCUCUUUCUAUUCCUCGGAUGGCAUCGGAAACUACUGUGUUCCAGGGCUACACUAUUCCAAAGGGAAGUGUAAUCUUCUGUAACUUGUGGUCAGUGCACAGAGAUCCCAGCAUAUGGAAAAACCCAGAUGAUUUCUACCCUGAAAGGUUUCUGGAUGAAAAUGGCCAGCUUCUCAAAAAAGAAACCUUCAUCCCUUUUGGAAUUGGAAAACGUGUGUGCAUGGGAGAACAGCUAGCCAAGAUGGAGCUCUUCUUGAUGGUGACAAGCCUCCUGCAACAUUUCACUUUCUUGUAUCCAGAGGACUUGAAGAAGCCUUCAAUGGAUGGAAGAUUUGGUCUGACCUUGGCUCCAUUUCCAUUCAACGUAAUUGCCUUAAAGAGAUGAAGGCACACCGUAGGAGAAUGCUGCAUGAAGUUUUCGUUACUCUUAUGAAAUUUCAGGGCUAUCUAUUAAAUGCACUUCACUAGCAAAAUCACCAGCCCUGAGCAGGAAUAGGGGGACCUGUAGCCCACAGGCUGCCCCAAACUCAUCAAGCACUUUUCCCACGGCAUGGGGACUGUUGAGUAAGAAUUGUGAACCUUUUUUAUGAAGGGAGAGAUGGGAAUGGAGAUUUUCUAAUCAUGUUUGUUGCAGAAUGAUGCAUUUUAAAAAAUUGGUGCAGAAAAAUCUCACUGGUAAGUAGCUUUUUAUAUUAAAUUCUUAAUAUAUAAUUUAACAGUGGAUUCAAAAUGAAAAAAAAACCCCACAAAGUCGUGGUAUAUUUGGAUAUAUUUUUUUCAUACAAGUCAUGAACAUCCUUUUCAAAAGACACAUGGCGGGUGCCUGCAGAUCUACCUUAAAAAGAGGACUCUCUGCAGUUUUUCAUCGUCCAGGCUGAGCCUGGCUUCUACCCACCUUCACUGUGAAAAUAACUGAGGUACAGGACACUGACUCAGUCUUCCCCCUCCCACCACACUUCAGGCAGGCUGUCUGUUUUGUUCAGCAUGUACAUUUAUUCAAUUGUAUAUUUGUGACUCAAUAUUCAGUUGUAUAUUUGUGACCCUUUAAAUCAUUUUUAAAAUGCUGGAACAACUAGGUCAUUGAAGGCACUGGUUUCAGCCAGUCAGAACUGUGCAGAUUUGGUUUCUGGUGCAAUCACACAGAAGGUGUUUUUCUUACGCUCAAUUUGGGAGAGGAGGUCCAAACAUAAGUUCCACUGCAGGAAGAACUCACCAGUCAUAUCAUGUACACCUUUAUGCACCUGAAAUUUAUCUUAUGGAAUUACUUGAAAGUUGAUACUUUGAAGUAGUGACACUUGUCUCCUUCCCCUACUUUGGACUUGCCUGCAUUAUAAAUUCACUGCAGAUCUGUGCUGAACUGAAGCUGAUAUAGCCAGCAACAGACCUACCAUACCUACUCUGAAAACAUUUGAGGAUCUGUGUAGGUGCUCUGGGAAACAGCGUUUACAUGGUUCAAACUGUACUACUGUGAAGACAGGCAACUUCUCUCACUCAGCUCAACACAGUACAAAACACGCAGAAAGAGAAAUCUCACAUUUGCUUGUUUUGCUGUAUGUGGGAUGAAUUCUGUCCAUGUGCUCUCCCUUGCCUUCCCCUCUUCUGCUGUCAGUGAGAAAUAAGCAUUACAAAGAGUAAUGCACGUAUCUACAGCUAGUUUAUUUUCAGUUUUGUUCAUGGAUUCUGUUGGCAGGCUUGCAGCCUGAGUUUGUACUACUCAUUGGGGCAGCAAUGUGCAAUCACAUGUUCUUACAAAUGGUGAGACAAUUGCAUCAGGGCCAUCUAGGAAUAUGGGAGAUCAAGUCGCCAUUUGUGUGCACUCAUAUCAUAGACACACGUAUCUCCUAGGAAGGAAACGACACUGCCAUAGCCUUGGGCUGGCCUUCUUGGCAGGGAAGAACCUACUGCAAUGUAAAUACAGCACACCAUUUCUAAUUCAUUGCUAGUUAAAGGUACUGGCAAGCUGAUGCAAAGGUAGUACAAGGCUAUUAAUUGACACUGUGCAGCUUUAAGCUACAAUACACUUGCAUUGUGGAGAAGCCUUGGAGAUUGGGGGGAAGGGGUGUUGGAAGUUCUGGGACAGUUCCUAAAAGACUGGAAUCUUCAAUAGGAAAGUUAAAAACUGCACUGCUAAUUUCAAGAUGAUUACUGUUAAACAACCAGACCAACUGCACUGCAGAGCUGGAAGUGCAACUUUGUACAGCAUGUUCGCCUCCUAUAGUAAGGCCCCCUUUUAAUGAUGCACUUUAUCAUUUUUGUCCAGGAUCCAAAGACCUGUAUUUCUACCUUAGGAGGCUUGAAAGGCCUUGUUAAUGAUAUAUGUAGGUUGCCUGUAUUGUGCUGAUGUUUAUUCUGCCUGCACUCCCACCCAAUGAAUGCCUUGUUUAGAAUUUUGCAAUGUAAGAUAUCAUUCCCAUUUGAAAUGACCAUUUGAGACUUGCUUUUUGAAAACGUGCCUCUACUUCUUCAUACAACCUGAGAUCCUGUUCCUCAGUGUGAAUCCCUUUGUCUAAAUAAACUUUUUAUUUUAAAA